AUGGAAAGGUACCUGAUUCAAAUACCAUCUAAAGCCACUACUGCCAGUUCUGAAACUCCUGCAUCUGAAUGUCUUGAUGCAGCACUCGAUCCUACUCUGGAACAUUCCCAGGAGGCACCAUGCCCUAGUAUUCAAAUAGAUGAUGAAACUGAAAGGACUAAUAAAAAUAAAGAUGAACCAAAAAAACUGAAGCAAACAUUCCAACAGAACUUUAUAUAUAUUCCAGUAGUCCUAGUGAUGCCCACAAAGAUUCAACAGACAGUGGAGCAAAUGUUUUCCUCAGAUGAUUGUGGAAUACUAGAAAAACUUCAAGAAUCAAUGGAUAAGACCACUCAAUUAUUGGAAGAGAAGUUGCCGAUAUUAACCCCCAUUGAUAGGCCACCAUCGCUGAAAGAUUUAAUGGCAUCUGAAGGCAAGGUAACAAUUGAAGGAAAAAAGUCAACUAAUUUAUCCCGACCUGAUGUCAAGAUCCGAAGGCUUAAUAAUAAAAGAUUGACUCAUGGACACCACAGAAGCAAAAGGAUUGCACCAUUAGUGAUUUGGGGAGGAACAGCAUUACUCACCUUAGCAGGAGUUGCAAUCUAUAAUAGAGCAGAUAUUGAGAUAGAGAAGUCCCACAUGAACAACCUCUUAAAAAACCAGGAAACAUUGGAACAAUAUGCAAAAACUACUAGAGAGACCGUAAACCUACUUAUUGAUAGGGAGGAAAGUUUAGUCAUGGCCGUAAACAAUAUUAAGGAAAAGAUUAAUGAGAUCAUAAAAGAUUACACUUGUUUAAAAAAGGAUUUUUCCACUUAUAUGGACUAUAUGGUAACAUGGUCAAACAUCGCGCCAAACUCAUUUCUACGAGCAGUAAAUGGAGCUCUAGGAGGAAAACUAACUAUAGAUUUACUGCCUGGAGAUCAGCUGCAAAGAGUCAUGCAGUACUACCCAGAGUUUGCAGAUACUAUCUUUCAAAAAGACCCUCUCAUGAUGUAUCAGUCUGCAAGAGUUAAGGUGCUAAAGAUCUCAAAAAAUCCACCAAUGUUAGAGACUAUAGUUUCUGUUCCUAGAGUAUUAUAUCCUGUGUUUGGAUCUGUAUACGCUCAAAAAGCUUGUCCAUGGAAGAUCAAUAAUACCAUUAUAACUAUUAAAGAACAAACAACUAAAAUACUGUCUGCUGAAACACACUCAUGGUAUUCUAUGAAGGGAUGCAAUGGCAUGGAUAACACCUACUUAUGUGAUAUGAGAGAAAUGAUCCACACUCCCGAGCACUGCCUUAGUCUGGAUGAAAAACCGGACCUUACCAAAUGUCCCUUGGUUGAGGUAGAUUCAGACUUUGAUAAGGUAGUUCAAACUCCAGAUGGCGAUAUUUGCAAGAAGAAGUGGAAAACACUUAGGGAUGCUUUUCAAAAGGCUGCAAAAAGUAUGCAAACAAAAUCCGGGCAAGCUGCAACAAUUAGCAGAAAAUGGAAAUAUUGGGAUGCGAUGAGCUUUCUUUUGCCGCAUAUUAAAGGAAGGGAGACGCAAACAAACGUUUGUAGUGACGAAACAGGUGAGAACUUCGAAGAUGGAGAUGAAAUUGAUUCUGAAAGCCAUUUUGAACAAACCGAGGAAACCGAGGAACAAACCUUCGAAAAUAAUUAUCAUGAAAACCCGACAAGUCCAUCCGUAUCGCUGCCUACUACCCAACAGUCUUGUUCUUCAAGUGCAGUGAAUGUUUCAAGACCAGUAUCUCGUGUUGCAAGCGCAAAAAGUGACGCGGUUCCAAAUAAAAAAAAUAAAAGUGCACCUAGAACAGCGGAAUCUAUGCCAGAGAUACUAAAAGAAUAUAUACAAGAAAAAAAACGCAGCCGUUUAGAAAAACAAACUUUGGCAACUGCGACACAAUCAACAGAUAGUAAAGAUAGCCCACUUCUAGAAUUUUUCACAAGCAUGGCGAAAACUACGUCCACAAUUCCCCCAUUAUGGCAGGCUAAAAUUUCUACUGCUUCGCUCACCGCUGCUGCUACAAAAUGCCGCUUAGGUGAGAAUAGCCUGGACAAAAACUGCUUCGUCCAGUACCGCGCCGCGCCGCACCGCGCCGCUCGGCACCGCUCUAGUGAGAAUCGGCCUUUACUCACCUUAGCAGGAGUUGCAAUCAAUAAUAGAGCAGAUAUUGAGAUAGAGAAGUCCCACAUAAACAACCUAUUAAAAAACCAGGAAACAUUGGAACAAUAUGCAAAAACUACUAGAGAGACCGUAAACCUACUUAUUGAUAGGGAGGAAAGUUUAGUCAUGGCCGUAAACAAUAUUACGGAAAAGAUUAUUGAGAUCAUAGAAGAUUACACUUGUUUAAAAAAGGAUUUUUCCACUUAUAUGGACUAUAUGGUAACAUGGUCAAACAUCGCGCCAAACUCAUUUCUACGAGCAGUAAAUGGAGCUCUAGGAGGAAAACUAACUAUAGAUUUACUGCCUGGAGAUCAGCUGCAAAGAGUCAUGCAGUACUAG